AUGGCUGCAUUUCUCCCCUCUGCCAGGUCAACUUGGAAGAAGCUAAUCUCCCUGCCCUUGGCACCGGCGCCACAGCUCUCACUGGGCAUCAACCCGGCCUUAUCUGCCGUACAGAAGCGGGAGACGCCUGAUACAUUCGCCACGGGCCUGCUACAACAUGCGACCGAGGAUAUGGGCAUUCUGGCCAAUAUAAUGCCGUGA